AUGCUCCGCCGUUUGGCUAUUCCUUUACACAAGCAAGCACUCAUCUUCAUCAUGGGCACUCAACUACUUCUUUGUGCUAGCAUCCCGCACAGUAAAUACGUGCAAACUGUUUCUACUCUCGAAGCAUUGACCGGGAUUCUCCGGCCCCAGGAGAUAUCUACGUACACUCUAUUGACCAAGCCACACAAUGUCUUCAAGCCCAAGUUUGAGCCUGGAAAAGUCAACCAGAUAGAACAGUACUAUAUGAAAUGCACCACAAUAUGGAAUGAUGAAGCGUCGCAUUUCGACUUGUCUCAGCCUGUGACGGAGGACACUCAGAUUUUAGUACAGCAACUUUUUACUGGAGAAGAAGUAAAACACUGGACAUUCCAAAUCUCAGAUCUUCCGAACGCGGGAAAGAAUACAGUGCUGGUCCACAACUACCAUGAAAGUACAUUGGUGCACCAUCACACAAAGGGAGAGGAUACGGCAGCAGAAGAGAAGAAUGAAGGGGCUGAAUUGAUGGAAAUCGAUGCACCUAAGACACACAAGGACUCCUUCCUUCAGUUUCUAGAAGCAUUGGGCUACGAUGUGGUUAAUCAAUACUGGAUCAAGGGGAUCCGUUUCUUCUACGGCGACAUUGUCAUUGAAAUCUUCAAAGUGUUUAUUCGUGACGACGAUGAGCCUGCGGUCAAUCUGCGCUUGAAACUCAAGCUUCUCGACAGCUCCAAUACUUUUCAAAUCAAAACGUAUCUCAACUUUCCGAAAGGUGCCAGCGUUGAUCUUCUCACACAAGGAACAAAAGACUUGGCCAAACUCAAAGAAUCUUUAGCCAACCUUUUUGAACUUGAGGUGCCAGAUCGCAUGUUCAUGGAUACAAGAGUGGCACGGGUAACCCCAUAA